AUCAUCUCAAAGCUAUGUCAUCCAUGACGUUAGCAUUGUUCUAAUCCUAUGCUUCUAUAAAUCUCUUCCACAGAACUGGAACACAUAAACAUUCAUCAGUUCCUUGAAUUCUAGGGGCUGCCUACCGUCCAGUCCAAAUCUCUUCCACCUCCUGCAUCAUGGACUCGGAACAAGCUCGUAGAGUUGAAAUGUUCUUCUUCCCAUUCGUGGGCGGAGGCCACCAGAUCCCAAUGAUAGACACGGCCAGAGUGUUCGCAUCCCAUGGAGCUAAAUCCACCAUCAUAGCCACACCCACCAACGUCCUCCAAUUCCAAAACUCCAUCCUCCGCGACCAACAUUCCGGCCGCUCAAUCUCAAUCCACGCCCUCCCAUUGCCAGACGACGCCGUUUCUCCGGACAUCGACAUGUCCGCCACCCCUUUCACUGAUACUUCAGUCCUCCGAGAACCUCUCAGGCUCUUCCUACUUGAACACCGACCCGAUUGCAUUGUCUUUGACGGGUUUCACCGCUGGGCGGCUGAUCUCUUCGACGGACUCCAGAUUAGAAGGAUUGUCUUCACAGGUAAUGGGUGCUUCUCUCGCUGUGUCACAGAGAAUAUUCGACGGUAUGUGCCGCACGAGAGGGUGGGUUCGGACUAUGAGCCUUUUGUUGUGCCGGUUCUUCCUGAUCGGAUUGAAUUGACGAGGUCUCAGCUCCCGCCUUUUGUUAGAGAGAAAUCUGGUGUUUCUGAUAAGAUGUUUAAGACCGAGGAGAAAAGCUUUGGGACAGUGAUUAAUAGUUUCUGCGAGUUGGAGCCAGCAUACGUUGAGUACUUUAGGAACCAGAUGGGAAAGAAGGCUUGGGUUAUAGGACCGGUGUCUUUAUGCAAUGGAAAUGUUGCAGAUAAGGCUGAGAGAGGCAAACAAGCCUCAAUCGACGAUCAAACCUGCUUGAGCUGGUUGGCUGAUAAAGAACCAGGCUCUGUUCUUUAUAUCAGUUUCGGGAGCUUGGCUCGCUUCUCACCUCAACAGCUCCUUGAGAUCGCUCAUGGUCUCGAGGCUUCCAAGCAUCCAUUCAUUUGGGUGGUUGGGAAAAUCUUCUCCAAAUCGAGGGGAGAAGGUGAAGGAGGAGGAGAAGAAAAUUGGCUUCCCAGCGGAUUCGAAGAGCGGAUUAGGGAAUCCAACAGGGGAUUGAUAAUAAGAGGGUGGGCACCGCAAUUAUUGAUAUUGGAGCAUGCUGCGGUGGGUGGAUUCAUGACUCAUUGUGGGUGGAACUCAACCUUGGAGGGAGUGAGUUGUGGAGUGCCCAUGAUUACAUGGCCUGUCUCGGCGGAGCAGUUCUACAAUGAGAAACUGAUAACCGAUGUGUUGGGGGUUGGGGUUCGAGUCGGAAGCUUGGAGUGGAUGUCGUUUAAUGUUGAGAAGGCGGCGUUGGUGGGUAGGGAGAAGGUGGAGGAGGCAGUGAAAAGAUUGAUGGGUGGUGGUCAGGCAGUAGUGGAGAUGAGAAUGCGAGCUGGAGAACUUGCAGAGAAAGCCAAGAGAGCCGUGGAACAAGGUGGAUCUUCGUUCAAGGAUGCUGAUGCUUUAAUUGUGGAGCUUAUAAAAGUGAGACUUUGAAAUAGGAUUUGAUUGGAGAUCGAAAUAUCUAAUGAUCCCUCAUUCGAAACGACAACAUCAUUCGUUAUUAUAAAAGAUCAAAUGGUUAUUGUCCA